AUGUCUGUUCCUUUAACCAAAGUUGAUUCUGCCAUCGCUGGAUUGAGUAUAUCAGAUGAGAAGCCUGCAUCUCAUACGGAAACUGAGGUCAAGAAAGACAAGAAGAACAGGCGACUGUCUUCUCAGGCGGAUGAUGUCUGGAACAUCAAGGACCUAGAAGAGAAGCAAAUUGAAAUCGCUCUGCCCAUCGAAACCCAAAAGACCGGAUGGAAACUCAACACCUCCCCCAACACAAUUGAGGAUAAAGAUAUCCUCAAACUCAAACUCACCGACCCGCCAGUCAAGAAGAUUGACCUACAUUUCCCCUUGGGCCUCGAGGUUACCGCCCGAAAUCUCAAGGGUGUCACAAUCAAGGACGCCUUAGACGCCAUCUACAAACAGUUCAAAAAGAAGGCGGACGACGAAAUGGAGAAACCCUACCUCGCUGGCUUCGAGUGGGAUAAAGAGGAGUGCUGGACAAGAUUCAUCGUACAUCAAUCAAACGUCAGCACCGCCCAACAAACACCAGGGGAUAAUAGCAAGAAGUCCAAAAAGAAGAAGAAGGACGAGGCUGCAUAA